ACUCGCAUGAGCUGGAUCAAUACGCUGAAGGAAUAUUCAAACCACCGAAUAUCUGUCUCACUGGAAUUCAUUUAUUUGCAAACAUGAUUCCCGAGGAAAGCUUUGCAGCCAGCGUCAUUGAGAACAGGGUGCAGUCUGUGGGUCUGGCUCUGGAGGAGUUGCUGGUGACAGCUCAGAAACAAGACUGCCUAACUGUUGGCCUCUAUGAAUCAGCUAAACUUCUUAACACAGACCCAGAUAGUGUGGUUUUGUGCGUUCUGGCAGCUGAUGGUGAAGACGAUGUGGCUCUGCAGAUCCACUUUACCCUGCUGCAGUCAUUCUGCUGCGACAGUGGAAUCACCAUCCUGCGAGUUUUAGGGGUUCAGCGGCUCCAGCAGGUUCUGGGGGCUGUUGAUGCCAACAGAAACCAAGAAGAGCACGGAGACCUCCACUGCAUGCUGGUUACGAACCCACAAGCUGAUCACUGCAGACUACAAGAAGUGGGGACCUACUGCCAGGAGAGUCGGCGCCUCAACCAGUGGGUCCCUGAACUGGUCCUGCAGGAACGCUGAAGGGUCCGACACCCAAACACAAACACUGGAGCUUUUUCUGGGCUCAGAUAAAGAUGAACUGAAGGAUCCGUUGCAGCUCAUGCAGGGAUGGCCUGGAGUGGACUGAGACGGGCUAUCCUGACACAUGAAAAGCAGGAACCGCACACUCCCAUUCAAGGGCUAGUGAACACAGCUGGGGAGGAGACUGGUUUCUUAAAUCUGUGUUACACGCAAAAGACACAAAAAACAGAUUUGCAUCCAGGCCAAAUUGUUUUUAGAUUGUCAGUAAAACAAAAAUUAUAGCUUCUGCUUGACAUCCACUUGUUUAUGCAGUGUGACAGUCAUCAAAAAGAGGUCUUUGAAAGCAAAACCUCCACACCCCAACUAGUAUCUGGAAGACCUGUGUAUUUCUCUGGACCGGACAGGAAUGCUGCAAUGGUGAAACUAUGCCCAACAUUCCUGAGUAUUCUGACAUGGGAGAGUUCUUGGAGAGAAGGUGUGUGUGUAUGUGUGUUUUGAAUGCGUGGAAUGCGUGUACAACACUUGUUUCUUUCUUUAGAAAUGACUGGGCGUGCAGCCUGUGUGUGUGUGUGUGUGUGUUCUUGAAAUGAGCAGCUGAGGAAUCGUCUCCAUGGAAACUGAAAUGGAAAUUAUGUAGGGGUUAAAGUCGCACAGGAUUUGUUGGCGUUACAGGCCCCUCCAAAAAACAAAACAAAAGGGGGCUCAGAACAUGAUGUGUUUUGGUCAGAGGAUGAACUAUGUUACCUGAUCUGAUGGGGAAAAAAUCGACUGUAAAUUCUCAUUGUACUGAAAAACAAACCAGAGACUUUAUAUCUGUGCCUUCAGGAGUGCUGCCUCUUUCAUAAAAUGAUGCUGUAACUAGUAUGAGCAAUGCUACACCAGUAAUUUAUUGAUCAUAUCAGUUGUGUGUGUAGUUAUUUAUGAUCUAAUUUUGUGCUCUGUUAACAAAGUCAAUAAAUUAUUUUGU